AUGGAGAACAUUGAGCUUGAUGAAGACGCUUUCAUGGAAUUGCUUGAACUCCCGGCCUGGCUACAGAUUCGCAGUGCAACUUGUACGCGCCUGUCCAUAAAAGUAACGCGAGUUUGCUGCUUUAAUUUUUUCAGAUCCCCUGGACUCACCUGAAGUCUCAGCCCAUCAAUGCGGUAAUGCACUUUAAAUAUUGCUUAUUUAGGUAGACUCUGGAGUUCGUGACUGCGCAGGUUGAGGUGCUCACAACGCCGCGCACUAUCCCUCAACAAUCGGCACCAAGCUACCGGUUUGUAGUUAUUUUUUAAUCAUGCUUUUCCAGCACUGCGGGCGGACGAUACGGAUUUGUUGACAAGGUUAUCGAUGGCGUUUCAUUGAGAAUUCACGAACUAAAGAUAGAUGUUCUUGCAAAAACCUUUGUUUCAUCAAUUCAAGUACGUUAUACUUUGCCUUUUACCAUCCCGAGAUUUGCGCGUAGAAGAACUUUUGUCCGUUCUUAUGCUUAGGGAAACUUCCUUAAAAGCGGUAUUUUUACGUUUGUUUGAAUAUCUGAUCGUAUACUUCCUAUCAUUCGUAACUCUUUGGGAUAGAAUUACAAGCAACACUUAAUCAAGUUGCGUCAGUGCUUCUUUGGUGCAGAUCAAAAAAUGUUUGAGUUAAGAUAUUCUUAUAUAAUUUUCAUACCUGGUGCAUGGUGCCGUCAUGCAUGGAUAGUCUUGUCAAACACCUCUUCUUAGAAGUUUUAAAUCUUGCGCAAGAAUUUACUCACAUGUUGUAUGGAUAUCUCAAACAACAUACCACGUGUUGUGCCGCGUUACUUAUACAGUACUGUAACUGGUCAGCCAAGGGCUUCAUUUACGGUUUUUUGUCUUAGGUUUAAUUACGUAGGUCGCCCCCAGUAAAGAAUUAAAUGAAACGAAUAAUUAUUGUUGAUUCCUGCAGGACAGAAAAUAAAUAACUAUUUUGGAAGCUCCAUGGGGGUUUUCGAAGCUGGCACGCACGCUCGGGGGUGAGGAGGUUAGUCAUUGCCCAGGCAAACAUCAUUUAUCGGAACACAAAAUGUUGUCUAGUUUGGUCGUUUUUUCGUCCUUGAAUCCUGCACGGUACUGUUUCCACGACCUUUUAUCCAUUGGAAAUAAAUGUGCAAGUAAAUACGAAGUAAAUAUGUAUCACUAUGGUGCCGGAUUACUAAAAAACCGGUGGACAUAGGCGGCUGUAGGGCAUUUGAAUUCGAGCUAGCCUUCUGCAUUUUCGUAAGAAUGAUUUCCACCAACUAUGAAUGUAGACAAAUCCCAAUAUUCAGAUAUUCGGAAGAGGCUCCUGUGUUGAACAGGAAAGGACAGGGACGGAAAGUGGUCAAAGAGGCAUAGAAGUCGGCCAGUGACUUUGAGGAAGCGUUCUGAAAAGUGAAAAGCAACCGAAAACGCCGUUGUUGGGCGUCUUAGAAGGAGUCUUACGUUUUUACGUGUUACAGGUCCGCAUGUGUAGACUCACAUAAGUAGGAAGACAGCAGCGGGGUUUUCUUUCCAGAUAUAUAACAUGCCAAAAUGUGCCAAUCUUCCUUUCCGGCCUGUUCGACGCAAACGAGAUCUCCUCGUUUAUACCAUAGAUGAAAAUUAGGUCUCAGUAAUAAAACAAAGGGAAAUGCUGAUUGCGUUCCUCACUGGUCUUUCUCUGUCUUUUUAGCUGUCGAACAUUGUGAUGACAAACAAAAAACCAAAUUGGCAGCCGGGCCCAUUAAAUUUGUCUUUCAUUGGCUGUCCUGGUCAAAAUGCAAUCCUACUUUUCAAGGAAGUGUGCUGGGAAAGUACACGAAUCGAAGCCAACGGUCUGACAGAGUAUGCAAACAUAACGCCCGUAAAGAUGAUCACGAAUGGGGCUUGUUUACGUCUGACUCUUAAGAAGAGCCUUCUGGGUAAGAUUGCGUUUUUUUCUAUCUGUCGUAUUCUGUGGCAAAAGUUGUCGGUAGGGACACUUGAAAAUUAUUUUAAAUUUUGAAAGCAAAACGCUCCCUCGUACAGGCAGGGCGUUGCGUGGUACCGAAACUGGUAAUGCAGACCAUGUUCUCGUCCGCGCACACGUGACUGUUCUCUCCUCACGUGCGGUGUAUAUGUCACGUGCAGCACACUUUGUUGUCGCAUAACAUUGAAUAUUUAAAUUUGUCUACAUUCACGAAAACUUGGCCACUCCUUGUAACCCGAAUCAAAGAAGAAGAGGGCAAUAGAAAAUGGUCAUUACUGAAGUCCUUACCCCUCUAGGCUGCUAAUAAAAUUCCAGGAUUUACCCGACAUCGCUGUACGAAGUGAAUCAGCUCAAAUGACAGCUCGAGCUGGCUUCUGCAACGGUGGUACUUUUAGCAAGCCUCAGAAAACGACGAAGAAAUUAGCUGAAGAUCACCACAGAAACUUUUAGGCCAAAAUGACAACCCCCCGGGGGCAGGUCCCAAACAUCCGUAAAACUCGGCAAUUGCCAAAUUAUCCGUCGGGUUAGUGUCAGGUCCUCUGAUCGCGAUAUGUGUGGCGGCCUGAUUGCCGACGACUUGGCCGAAGUCGGACUUUGACAUGAAUACUUUGAGCACCUUCUCGAUUUCGAUGACAAAUCCGUCAUCCCUUUAUCUGCUUUGUGGCGUGGUUUUGUUCUUCCGGCCCAUGCAAUGUCGGAUGCCCAUCCUUCUCAGGUAGAAAUCACCAAUUAAAUAGUGAUGUUGCGCAACAACUGAGCGCUCAAAAAGGACAGUGUUCCCGCUGAAGUGCACAAGCCUUGUGUCGACACUAUGGAGUCACGACUCCGUCAACUGAUUGAGCGUGCAUCAAAAUAUGGGCUUCUUUCUAGUGACUGAGACUCGGCCACUCCUAGACCUGCCAUCGGGGGGGGGGGUAAGACAUCGCGAGAAGUGCCGCGGCACAGUCCUGUCAACAGUCCCUCAAAGGUUUUACGUUGUCAUUGUCAGAUUUCAGAGUAUGCGUACCCGAGAACGCUGCGUAACGAAUCUGGAUUCUGCCAUUUGAAUAUUUACGCUGUCUGUGGCUAGUGACGGAGCCAUAUGCUGUGUCAGUAAAAAUCAUCCCAUGAUUAGGACCCGCCGUCACCCUACCCUGAGCGAACUCUUUCCCGUUGCGAUCUCCCCCCAGCUGUUCUAUAUUUUGUCUGGCCUUCGACAAGGUUGCAUUCUGUCGCCCAUUUUGUUGAACAACGCCAUUUCCUGAAUUCUCGCACAAACCUUACGUAGUUUUGACAUUGUGGAUUCAUCUCUAAAAUGCCGCCUGACCAACUUAGAUCGCACUGCUAUCGUCAAGCCACGCAGUCUCGGGUUUACGAGGUUGCUUACUUAUUCGUCUUAUUCGUCAACACAAAUGAAGAUGAAAGCGUCUCUGGUCUGACCCGAAGAAGGUACAUUGUCCUCUACGCCCAUGAGUUCGGCGUUGCUGUAUAACUAUAAGCGAUGAGGUCAGAUCGAAGCCUUAUUUGACAGUACAGCAAGAUCUGCAGGUGGUUCCUGAACCAUCAAUAUUCGUUGAUGAGGAAUAGAAUGGAUUGAGCUCUCUAGGUCCGCCCCUACAAAUCGUCAAGCAGGCAAAGGUACAGUCGGCGAAAUAAUCAGGCGGGUCGAAUAAGGCAUGAGUACGACCGUGCAAAGUAAAAUGAUGCGUCUGUAAAUAUCCUGGGCGUAAGGAAGCUCGAUGGCCGUAAUUUCUGAUAUGUUCGCCAUUCUUACCUGUUCUUAACCACGUUUGCAUGACACUGCACGUAAGUCGGUGCUAGGGUAGGCAGUUAAACUGCCCCUUUUUAUACUGCACUGUUCCUUCCAGGCCUUCGGGGCCGAUAG